CCCGGCGGGGUGCUGGGAGCCGGGGCCGUGCUGGUGGCACUGGUGGUGCUGGGAGCCCACCCAGCUCAUGGCGAGCAGACCCCAGGGUUUUUCCAGGAGCUGGGUGUGGCCGAGUGUCAGUACCUCAAUGGCACCGAGAAGGUGAGGUUUGUGCACAGGUACAUCUACAACCGGGAGCAGUACACGCACUUUGACAGCGAUGUGGGGCACUUUGUGGCUGACACCCCCCUGGGCACAUCUACUGCCAAGUACUGGAACAGCCAGGCAGACUUCAUGGAACAGAAACGGGCUGAGGUGGACACGUACUGCCGGCACAACUAUGGGUUGGCGACCCCUUUCACCGUGGAGAGGAGAGUUCAGCCCGAGGUGGAAAUCUACCCGCUGCAGUCCAGCUCCCUGCCCCAGACCGACAGGCUGGUUUGCGCCGUGAUGGAUUUCUACCCCGCGGAGAUCGAGGUGAAGUGGUUCAAGAACGGGCAGGAGGAGACGGAGCGCGUGGUGUCCACGGACGUGAUGCAGAACGGAGACUGGACCUACCAGGUGCUGGUGAUGCUGGAGACCACCCCGCAGCGCGGGGACACCUACACGUGCCACGUGGAGCACGUCAGCCUGCGGCACCCUGUCACCAUGCACUGGGCGCUGCAGACGGACGCCGGCAGGAGCAAGAUGCUGACGGGGGUGGGGGGCUUCGUGCUGGGGCUCAUCUUCCUGGCGCUGGGGCUCUUCCUCUACAUGCGCAAGAAGGGCGCCCCGUUCCCCAGGCUGCAGGGCUCCUGA